UUUUACAAAACAAUAAAAAUACUAAGCAUACUUUUCAGACAGAAUAAUAGUUUCUGGUAAAACGUUAGAACGACACUAGACAAAACUUGAACUUAAUUGCAAGUUGUGGUCAGCAAAAUCAAACGAUGGCUGAGGCUAAAAAAGACCUAAAUAAACUCUUGGAACAUUUAGUGGACAUAAAUAAAGAGCUAGAAAGAAAAAUAAGGAAACUAUAUCAACAGGUCAAUUUGAAAACAGAGGAAUGUAUAAAAAAUUAUUCUCAAGGAAACAUAGACGAAAUAAAAGAAGUGGUUGCUCUGGUGAGGAAAACAAAUUCUGCACUGCUGGACCAUAACAAAAUUAUUUCAGAUGUAAAAAAGAAACUUGAUGAGCUAAAGAAAAGACAAGCAACACAUGAAGCAGUUGACUGUGGACGAAGUUUAACAAUGAAAUUAAAUCUGACGGACACAACUUGUACGUCAGCUGAAAACGACCAUCAAGGAAACGAAAAUGAAAAAUCAGAAAUAAAUAAAAAGGAAAACACAAGUUUAGAAAAGAGAAUUGAGCAUGUUGAGACAGAGUUAAAUUCAGUCAAAGAUACAAAACAAAAAACCGAGGAUGACCUUUCAGAAAUGAAACAGUGGAAAGAAAACAUUUUAGAAAAUAGAAUUAAAUAUAUUGAGGACAUGAUUUCUAUUCUACAAAAAGCGACAGAAAAAAUGAAAGAACAGUCUGUAACAGAAAAGUGUGACAUGGAUAAGCAAAUACUUCACGUGACGAAAAAAACAAAAAAGAAAUUUAAAAACCUCCAACAGAAGAUGAAUUUACAGAACGAUACAAUUCACGAGCUACAAAAUAAAGAAAGCAUUUGCUUACCAGAAAUUAACGACUGGCGAGACAAAUCCACAUCUGAACAAAGUGAUAUAUUGAUCAAAAUGAAACAGCUAUCCGAUGAACAAAAAGAAAAUUAUUUAAACCUAAAACAGCAGUGCACAGAAGAUGAAAAUAAAAUUGGUGAGUUGAGUCAGCUAAUUGAGAUUUUAAUGGAAAAUUAUGCAAAGACUUGCAGAAGUCUAGAACAAGUUAAUAUUGAUAUAGAAACUGUCAAAAGCAAUGUGAAUGAAAUGGAGAAGAAGUUGAAAGUCAACACAGAUGAGUCAGAUAAUAUUGCAAGAAUUGUAGCCAGCCAUUCUGAAUUGAUUUGUGUUUUACAAAACGUUGGAAAAGAACACGUUGCUAGCAGCGAAAACCAGAUUGAACAAUUAAAGACAAUGCUUGCAACGUUAGAAAAUGAUAUGAUCACUAGAUCAAACGAAUUGAAAACAAUAAAGUCACGUGUAUGUAACAGAUAUGCUUGUCAUGUGGCGCUUGGUGAUCACACACUUGUCAGUAAUGGAUCAACUAUUUCAAGUUUUGGUAAAGUGCGUGAAUUUAACGGUCAAAAUUUUGAUCAAACAACAGGAAAAUUUUUAUCACCACAUGAUGGUUUAUAUCUUGUCUGUGUGACUCUACAUGAAUGUCAAAAUAAAAUGAUUAAAGUUGGUGUGGUGGCUGGAGGCAGGUGGUGUAAGUCUAUAGAAGUGAAAUGUGCCGACACUAGCGCUGCUGGGUCAGUGGUUGUUGACAUGAAGAAAGGUCAAGAACUUUACCUUGAAGUGUAUCACGCAGAUCAAGGCGCAGCUUUAUCCCUCUACAGUAGUUUUACUAUCGUUCGUUUAUAGAAGUAAAACAGUAAACAUGGUGGAUGGUAAAUUUUCAAAACAAUAAAAGAUGUAACCAACAUGUUAUACGCACGUUAACAUCUUACAAUGUGUGUAGACUACAUGUCCGCACAAACUUAAGUGGUUUAUAUGUUGUUUGUUUAGUCAUCAUUUGGGAGUUCUAGCUUAUUCAAUGUGCACACCAGUAAUGUGUCAUACUUGACGACACUAAGUUCAUAUCUCUAAUAGACUAUAAGAUUGAUUUGUUUAAAUAUCUUUAUCAGUAUGUGAGCACUAGGUGUAUGGUCUAAUCAUAAUUUUCAUGUUAAUUGUUAAAAAAAAUAUACUUAUACCUGGAACUACAUGAUUAUGAACUAUUUAAAAAAGAUUGUUAGAAUGAGUUCACUUAACAAACAUUAACAUUUGUAUUUUGUAUUAAAAACAUUAAUUUGUUAUAAAUUUUAAAGAAUUUUUUUAUUAUUAUACUGCAAAGAACUGUUGUCAUUUUGAUCACU